CCCCCCCCCCACACGAUGAUAUGAGAUUUGAAGGAAGACGAUGCAUACAGGAGGAGAGACUUCAGCAUGCAAACCUUCAUCUGUUCGGCUUGCACCGUCAUUUUCAUUCCAUGCUGCUGGCCUUCAGAUGGCUGGACAGAUGUCCCAUUCUCAUCAGCAGUACAGCGAUCGUCGGCAGCAGAACAUAAAUGACCAACAAGUUUCUGCCUUAUCCUAUGCUGACCAGAUUCAACAGCCUCUUACCAACCAGAGGCGGAUGCCCCAAACGUUCCGUGAUCCAGCAACUGCUCCUUUGAGAAAACUGUCUGUGGAUUUGAUCAAAACAUACAAACAUAUUAAUGAGGUUUACUAUGCAAAAAAGAAGCGGAGACACCAACAGGGUCAAGGAGAUGAUUCUAGUCACAAAAAGGAGCGAAAAGUUUACAACGAUGGAUAUGAUGAUGAUAACUAUGACUACAUUGUGAAAAAUGGGGAAAAGUGGAUGGAUCGUUAUGAAAUUGACUCUUUAAUAGGCAAAGGUUCAUUUGGACAGGUUGUAAAAGCGUAUGAUCGUGUGGAACAGGAGUGGGUAGCUAUUAAAAUUAUAAAGAACAAGAAGGCUUUCCUAAAUCAAGCCCAGAUUGAAGUGCGACUUCUUGAGCUUAUGAACAAACAUGACACAGAAAUGAAAUAUUAUAUAGUGCAUUUGAAGCGGCAUUUUAUGUUCCGAAACCAUCUCUGUUUAGUUUUUGAAAUGCUCUCCUACAACCUUUAUGACCUGUUGCGGAACACAAAUUUCAGAGGAGUUUCACUUAAUCUGACGCGAAAAUUUGCACAACAGAUGUGCACUGCACUGCUUUUUCUUGCAACUCCUGAACUUAGCAUCAUUCACUGUGACCUAAAACCUGAGAAUAUUCUCCUUUGUAAUCCCAAACGAAGCGCUAUCAAGAUAGUUGAUUUUGGCAGUUCUUGCCAACUUGGACAGAGGAUAUAUCAGUAUAUCCAGAGUCGUUUUUAUCGAUCACCAGAGGUGCUAUUGGGAAUGCCUUAUGAUCUUGCAAUUGAUAUGUGGUCCCUUGGUUGUAUCUUAGUAGAAAUGCACACUGGAGAACCCCUAUUCAGUGGAGCAAAUGAGGUGGAUCAAAUGAAUAAAAUAGUAGAAGUUUUGGGUGUAACACCUGCACACAUUCUUGACCAAGCACCAAAAGCAAGAAAGUUCUUUGAGAAGUUGCCAGAUGGCACUUGGAACUUAAAGAAGACCAAAGAUGGAAAAAGGGAGUACAAACCACCUGGAACUCGUAAACUUCAUAAUAUACUUGGAGUUGAAACAGGAGGACCAGGGGGGCGUCGUGCUGGGGAAUCGGGUCAUACUGUAGCUGACUACUUGAAGUUCAAAGACCUCAUUUUAAGGAUGCUUGACUAUGAUCCGAAAACCCGAAUUCAACCUUACUAUGCCCUGCAACAUAGUUUCUUUAAGAAAACAGCAGAUGAAGGUACAAACACAAGCAACAGUGUAUCUACGAGCCCUGCUAUGGAGCAGUCACAAUCUUCAGGAACCACCUCUAGCACAUCUUCAAGCUCAGGUGGCUCUUCUGGGACAAGCAACAGUGGAAGAGCACGGUCAGAUCCUACACAUCAGCAUCGACAUAGUGGUGGACACUUUACUGCUGCUGUGCAAGCUAUGGAUUGUGAAACACACAGUCCACAGGUUCGACAGCAGUUUCCUCCUCCUCUUGGUUGGACAGGCACUGAAGCUCCUACGCAAGUCACUGUUGAAACCCAUCCAGUUCAAGAAACCUCUUUCCACAUAACCCCUCAGCAACAGAAUGCAUUACAUCAUCACCAUGGAAACACCUCCCACCACCACCAUCACCACCACCACCACCAUCAUCAUCAUGGACAACAGGCCUUGGUUAGCCGGACCAGGCCAAGGGUCUACAAUUCUCCAACAAAUAGCUCCUCCACCCAGGAUUCUAUGGAGGUGGUUCAUAGUCACCACUCCAUGACAUCCCUGUCUUCCUCAACUACUUCUUCCUCUACAUCUUCCUCCUCAACUGGUAAUCAAGGCAAUCAAGCCUAUCAGAACCGCCCAGUGGCUGCUAAUACAUUGGACUUCGGACAAAAUGGAGCUAUGGACGUCAAUUUAACAGUCUACUCUAAUCCACGCCAAGAGACUGGCAUAGCAGGACAUCCAACGUACCAGUUUUCUGCUAAUACAGGUCCUGCUCAUUACAUAACUGAAGGACACCUUGCAAUGAGGCAGGGAAUUGAUAGGGAAGAGUCUCCCAUGACAGGAGUUUGUGUUCAGCAAAGUCCUGUGGCCAGCUCAUGACUAAAUUGAAACAAGUUUGUUUCUUGUGUGUUUUUAUAGAAGUGGUGUUUUUUCCAAAAAAGUGCAAAGCUGCUUGAAUCAGAAGGAGAUAGACUUACUGAACCGCUACAGGAGGGUAAAGCUGACUAUUUUUUAAAACUUGAACAGAUUGCAAAGGGACAGUGAAGUUUUUAGAGCCAUGUCCAGACCAAUCCUACAUCUAGCUUUGAGGAGGUUA